CACACUGCUGUCUCUCGGUUGUGGAAGGCUGAAAGAAACGGGUCAAAGAGAAAUGUCGGCGAUAUUACAGGCAGAACGACAGACCGCCCUCGGUGAGACGUCCUCAUCAGAAGGCCAGGAGCAGCGAAGGUGGAAAAAACCCAACGAGGUUGUCCGAAUACGCCGAAAGCUAUCGAGAAAGCCUUCCUUGAAGUCUAUUCCUGGCCAGCGGAGCGAGUCUCUAAGAGAAGUAACGAAGCGGACGACACCUGUACUGAAGCGGACGUCCGAGAACCUCGCAGCCUCGACUCCUCCCAAGAGGUCUAGAGGAGGUCUCCAGGACAUCUCCAACAGUCCAGUGGCACCACUCCGGACUCCAGACAAGGAAAACCUCACGCUUCAACACACACACAAAGACAGAGACUGUAUCACCACUGAGAAUCCUCCGCCCACACCCUCUUCUCCAUCCGGCACUGCCGCUGCUCCACCCCUCCCCCUGGACUGGGCCCUCAAGACGAAAGUGCGCCUCGUGUCUCCGUUCCCCUUCUCCUGGACGCAGAGCCUCAGACCACAACAGGAGGCCUGCGGGCUCACAAAUUUCCUCACCAGCUCCGGUGACCAGAUUCAUCACCAAGCUAGUUGUGAUAGACAAGAGGAGCUGCAGGAAAGCCUGAUGAUGUGGGUCCAUCCCUCCCUCCCCUUCCUCAAGGUCUUCCCUCGCAACAACAGCACUGCCAGUGACGCACGACAGAAGAUCCCUCACUCCACCGCCUUACUGCAGGAUGAACAAGUCCUCCAGGCUCUCAAGGAUGACUGGUCGACCAGUCUGUGUAGUGUGUACCAGCUGCUGAAGUGUGGCCACUGUCCCUUCUUCUACCUCUGUGCAAACCAGUUUACCGUUCUCUUCGCCUCGUCUGGUGUGCGAGGGGGCCCCUCAAUAUCGGCCGUAAUUACACCCACCACUAGUGGAAUGAGGGAAACUCUCAAAAAGGAAGGGGCAGAGCUGAGUCUCCCCCUGGCACCUCAUAAGGGGUGGUGGAUGAGGACGAAGUCUGCAGUGACGAGGAGGAGGAUGGAGGAGCGACUGGCUGGCUGGCCAACAUGGGUCUACCUGCACAGGACUUGCCACGACUACGAACUCAGAGAUCGACACUUCCGCGGGAAUCACGAAUUGACAAUCGCCUAGAGUCUGCAGUGCUGGUGGAAGGACCUGGCAGUGUUCAUGUUCUCUUCAACUACCUCCUGACCAGCAAGACAACAAUCAGCACCUCCGGGAGCCAUGCUGGGCUACCCCCCACCAUCCUCUCCCCCCUCGGGUUCCGAGGAGCGACUCUCAGAUCACUCAAGGUGAGGCAAGGCAGUGUGAAGGAGCUGAGUGAGGGACAGAUGGUCCAGCGGUUCUUCCUCGAGAUCACCGGUCCAGUGCUGCCAACGAACCUCCACAAACUCUGCCGUCUCUUCCACAGGACCCAACACGGGCAGUUCACCGCACACUUCACCAACGUCGACACAACUGGAGCAUUCAACGGUCGAGAGAGCAGUGGCGACAAUGACAGCGAAGAGAGGUUGGCAUCGUACCUCCACAGAGCACCACUUGGCCAGAAACACGGACUAAACAAACUAAUGUGUGAAAACUGCAGCAUAGUCUGGGAAUAGCUUGGUUGACACUCCGUAGAAAAACAACGCAA